AUGGGAUGGUAUUUCCUCCAUUCUCUGCUAAAUGGGGUCAACAAGUAUUCCACGUCGCUGGGGAAGGUGUGGCUUUCGGUCAUAUUCGUUUUCCGUCUGCUGGUGCUGGUGGUGGCGGCUGAGACCGUCUGGGGAGAUGAGCAGAGUGGCUUUGUCUGCAACACCCAGCAGCCCGGUUGCAGGAACGUCUGCUACGACCGCUUCUUCCCCAUCUCCCACAUCCGGCUGUGGGUUUUCCAGCUCCUGGCUGUGACCGUCCCCUCAUGUCUCAUCGGGAUGCAUGUUUCCCAACGGAGGAAAAACAAGAAGAACAUCAAAAUCUUUAAUCAGAAUGCUGAUCGGCGAAAAAUAAAGAUCGAUACCUCUCUCCUUCGGACCUACCUGGUCAGCGUCGUGUUCAAGAUGUUAUUUGAAGGCAGCUUUAUGUAUUUAUUCUACUGGAUCUAUGAAGGAUACCAGAUGGUUCGACUAGUGAAGUGUAGCGAAUAUCCCUGCCCUAAUACUGUUGACUGCUUCAUUUCCAGACCAACCGAGAAAACCAUUUUUACCGUGUUUAUGCUGGUGACCUCAGCUCUGUGCAUCUUGUUGAAUGUGGCAGAACUCUUUUUUCUGAUUGUUCGAUAUUGCUUCAUGCAAUGGAAGCACCAGAGGUUUUCCUCAGAAGAAAACAACGAAAGGGAUAGAAGAUUAUCGGCCACCAUUACUUCCGGUGAUAACAUCACUGUGAACUUGGAUAUUGAUCGGGAGAACCUCUAGGAACAAACCUCUAGAAAAACGCUUGAUUAAUGA